AUUUCCUUCCGCCUUGUUUGAGCGUAAAGCAUGAUUGGUGGAUGGUUUUCGGAAGGCAGCCAAUAAAAACAAUAAGAUUUGAUUUGAUUCCUGUCGUCAUGGCAACGUUUGUCAGUUCCACGUUUUUCACUCACGCUGUCAUGAGGUAAUAAUAAAAAAAAUUACAAAUACAGUCGUAUUGUUAUAAAAAUAAGAAUUUGAUGUUCUUCAAGUGUCAAGUAUGACUUCUGUGAUUGGUGCCGGUGACAGUAGUUCAAAUACAAUUAUUUUCGAUAGUUCGAAAAAUGAAAGGAAACUCAAUGAAGAAUUCAAGGUUCUACAAAGGAAGCUCAAAUCAAAAUGGAAAUUCUUAGAAAACAGCGAUGUUCUUUCACAAGAAUCCUUGAUAAAUUGCAAAGUCUUGGUUUUGCCGGGACCAAAAAGCAAAUUUACGGAAUUAGAAUUGAAUUCCAUUAGGAAUUAUAUUAAUUCCGGUGGAAAUGUACUUGUAAUGUUAGGCGAAGGUGGAGAAAAUAAAUUCAAUACAAAUAUCAAUUUUUUGUUAGAGGAAUUUGGAAUAAUGGUUAACAAUGAUACUGUUGUGCGGAUGAAUUACAGUCAGUCGUUACAUCCGAAAGAAUGUGUCAUUUCUCAGGGAUUUUCAAACAAAUCACUGUUUUUAAAAAACAGAGACGAACAAACAGGAUUGAAAUUCCUUUAUCCAUAUGGGGCAACAUUGAAUAUUGCUUCUCCAUCAGGAAUUGCACUCUCGAGUGGAUCGAUUGCAAUUCCAACAAAUAGACCAGUUUGCGCUUAUUAUUCCUCGAGAACAAAUUCUGGAAAAUUGGUGGUCCUCGGUUCAUCGAGAAUGUUUACUGACGCUUAUUUAGAAAAAGAAAAGAAUGAUUCAUUGCGUGAAAUGAUUUUCGAUUUUUUCGACACCGAGGGUGUAUCAACGAAAGAAAUUCACCACGAGGAUGUUGAUUAUUGGGAGUACAAUUUUGUGCCAGAUAUUACUCAAAGGGCGGACGAUCCAAAAGUAUGCACUCAAGAUAUGGACAAUAUGGAUAUGCCACGUGAAUAUACAAAAUUAUUUAAAAGAAAUUUUUACUCCGUCAAUUUAGAUAUGGUUCCAGCGUGCAUAAAAGCAUACAAAGUUUUAAAUGUGAAACACGAGCCCCUGAGUUUAAUUGCUCCAAACUUUGAAACGCCCUUGCCGCCCACACAAGCCUCGGUAUUUCCUCCGAGUUUUCAAGAGCUUCCACCUCCGGCUUUGGAGCUAUUCGAUUUGGACGAAGCUUUUAGCUCGGAUUUUUUAAAACUCUCGCAACUCACUAACAAGUAUAUGGAAACAAAGGAUACGUCCAAUGAAAAGGAAUUGGACUAUUACAUUCGUGAAUUCGGGGGAAUUGUUCGAAUUAGCAAUUCGGAAAAAAUGACGUCUAAGGAAAUAUUAAAUCAUAUUUUCUUAAAAAUCAGCAGCUACAGAACGAUUCAUGAUUGAAUUUAACGACGUACUUUUUAUUAUUUGUUUCCUUAUAAUAUUAGAGAAUUAUAAAAUAUUUUCCAUUUUAUAUUGACGAUAACAAAAUUAAUUUAAUUAAUUAAGAAAAUAAUUCUUAGUUUAAAUAAAAUAUACAGGGCGAUUUUUAUGUUAAGGACUCCCUGAAAAAUUUUUUUUUUCGCCAUUGACAUGAAAAAGUGUCUUUUUUGUGCCUGUUUUGGGCAGAUAAAGUAGCACUUUUUAAGGCAGUUUGGGCCAACUGCCUAAAAAAGACUUUUUUAGGCAGCAAACUGCCGUAUAAAGUCUUUUUUAGGCAGUAAACUGCCCUAUAAAGUCUUUUUUAGGCAGUUGUUAAUUUUUGCAUAAUUUUUUUUUUUGCUUUUAUUUUAUUUAUCAAUUUUUAUUAUUUUUUUUCUUUAAAAUUGUUUCACUUUUUCAUAACAAUGGCGAAAAAAAUAGCGUAUGUGGCUCGCACGUAGUAAUUUUUAGGUUCGGAUGAUUUCAAUACUCGCUGUCUGUGCGACUUCGGUUCGACUCGGCUCGCUUUCGGCUCGACUCGACUCGCCUUCGGCUCGUCUUCAUCUCACCUACAGCUCGCCUUCGUCUCACCUACGUCGCACUAACGACAGCUCGUACUGAAAAUUACAUCCUCACCUAAAAAGUACUACUUUACGUGCUUGCCACAUAAUAUACUAUUAAUUCCACUUUAUUUUUUUUUUAAACGAAAAAAAUUAGAUUAAAAUAAAAUUUCUAGGGGGUCCGGAACAUAAAAAUCACCUUGUAUAAUAAUUUUGAUUAGAGUAAAAAAAAAUAAUUUAUGUACAGUAGUUUUCUAUGACAUCAACGGAGUAAAUUUUAUUAAACUAAUUCUGUCAGAGUCUUUUAACUGUUUGUCAAAAUACAUAAUUUAAAAAA